GUGGUUCAGUAACGGGGUGCGGCUUGCUGUCUUGCAGGUGGCCGGUUAAUAGGGAACACAAUGAAAGAAGCAGAAAUAAGGAGGCUCUUGGCUGCCAACCUCCUCUGUGUUUUUUCAGUUAUUCUGACAGCGGUUGUUCCGGCCUUCGUCUGGGACGGAUUCACAGUUUUGGGAACACACCUCGCGUGGCUGUGUGUUUGUUCUCUUUGUGUUAGUACCCUUAACAUAAUCUUGCACUUAGUCCUUAAGCCAAAUCUGUCUCCUAAGAGAAGUUCGUUUGGUCAGAAGAUAUCCAGAUUUCUAAAAUGCUGUAUAUACUUUUUCAUGUCUUGCAUACUAUUUCAUGCGAUUAUUGUUCUUUAUGGAGCACCUCUCAUAGAGUCAGUGACUGAGACGUUUUUGUUUGCAGUUCUCCUGUCUACCUUUACUACUUUACAAUGCUUAUGUGUGCUGGGACCAAACAUACAAGCAUGGAUACGGGUAUUUAGUAAAAAUGGAGCUAUGUCCAUCUGGGAAAGCAGUCUACAGAUUACUACCAUGUGCAGUAUACUUGGAGCUUGGUUUGGAGCAUUUCCUAUUCCUCUUGAUUGGGAUCGGCCUUGGCAGGUUACCAAGCUCAUAUACUCACAGCUGAGUAGUAUCUACGCAGAUGGUUUCAAAGGUUUCGUUCAGAACUCAGUAUAACAGGCAACACACUUUUCUCUCUGAUAUUGUAGAGACUUCAUGGCUUACAGCUGCAAUGGAAAUUUGUCUUCCAUAAGUUGCUAACAGCCUGCUUUUAUGCCACCAGCCUUCCUUUACAACAGUGUAAUGAGAUAUUAAAAUUUCUACUUAAAAAUAAUAGAAGAGUAGGUUAAUAAUUUAAGUAAAAAAAAAAAAAAAGGUUUUCUUCCCUAAAAACACUUGGUUUUACUCUUGUAAGACGUUUCACCAUCAAUCUGACAUAGGUAUGUGUUGGCACUAGUUUAAUUGUUGAUGGACAUGAAUGUAACCCAAAAAUCAAGGGAUUCAUUGAAAUGCAGUCUCAUAUCUUCCUGUGAAGUCUUAUUCAUUUUCCUGUUCCAAUGAGAGGCAAGCACUUUUUUCUUGCUCAGCUAGGAUUUUAAAAUGGCAUGUCAUAUCUGGCAGGUUUUAUUUUAUUCCCAAAAUCUCAGACUUUGCUAAUAUGCUGUGUAUAAAAAUUUCACCUUUUAUGCACCAAUGAUAUAAGGAAAACUUAAAUUAUAAAGUCAGUAGGCUCCAAUUAACAAAACAAGGACACUAAUAAAUUAAGACAGAUACUUUAAGCACAGUUAAUUUUUCACUUUAUUUGUCUAUUCCCCCAUCUUCCCAUAGUAGGAGACAAAGUUUUGUAAUGGUCUGGCAGCUUUUUCUGUUUGAAAACUCUUCCAAGUCAAUAAAAGCCAAACAUGACUGACGGAAGUUAAGCUCUAUAAUCUAUACUUAGACAUCUAAAAAGAUAUUGUCUGACUCUUCAGAACAGCAAAACCAUCUGCAGAAACCUCAGAUACCAUAACUUGUCACUAGCUGUUUCUGGGCAUGAAUGCUCCCCAGAGAAUUCAGGCAGCAGCAGAAACUGUAUGUCUGCAUUUCCCUUUUCCUUCACCAUCUCCACCCUCAUUUCUGACAUACUCCUGAUACCAAAGCUGGCAGCGGAGAUUUUUCUGACUAUCAGUUCCUGCAUCAAAGCAAUUUUCCUGUGCCUAGAUCCAGAGCAUUUGCUGCUGGGUUCUUUCCCUUAAAUUCCCCUCAUUUUUCCCCAUCCCCACGUCUCCGCCUUUUACCUUGCAGGGUUUAAAAUGGUGGGGUGGGGGAAGAAAUCGUGCUUUCCAUUUUGGGUCUGAACUGCUUGAUCAUUACUUUAAUCAUCAUGUGAGCAAUUCAAGAGCAGCCACAGAGAAAUUUGCUUAUCAGUCCUGCAGGCUGCCACUUCAACGGUCUUAGAAAACGGCAGUUUUAAGUGCUAAUUUUUUAAGAUCUGCUGUAUAAGGGGAAAUGAAAGAAGUUCUUGUUAAAAUGCAAUGUAGUUUUUUUAAAGUCAAAUUAUCUCAGCAAAGCAACACAGUGAAGCACCAAAAUGGUAACAAAUCUUCAAGGCAGAAAUGAACCCCUUCAAAGUAGCUUGUUAGAGAUCCUGUUCACAACUCAGAAGUUUUCAAUCACCUAUUGAUAAUGUAGUAUUUUUGUGAAGGUGAUCUCUUACAUAUUGGUCACCAAGGCACAUGGGGGGGCGGAACCCAAAGUGUCCUGGCCAGGCAUUUUCAAUAGUUGCCCAGGAAACGCUGCUUCCCGGUUCAGCCAAGCUGAGAUAUAUAUGAACCAGGUUCUCUGGAAACACUGAACUUAAUGCAACAGUUGACCUGAGUCUUUUCUAUCCCCAGUGAGUAAUAUGGAUUCAACAACACAGGUAUUGAGUUGCACGUAGUAGCUCUGCGUUGCUGUCUCAGAAAUCUUCAGAGCCAAGAGACAUUUCCGUUGUUGUUCAGAAGUUCACUGGGCACUAGCAACCCCUUUUUGCAAGAGUAUUCCUUUUGCUACCUGAUGUCAGGUGAUUACAGAAACUCAUAGUAGAUUCUUUCACUGUAGCAAUGGAAGAGGAGAGGUCCUUUCUGUGUUGUCUUCAGCCUAAUGCAAGGGAAAGAAGAAUGGCCCUCAUAAAGGAUUCUGCUGUUGCAGAUCUGCUUUGUUUGGGAAGAAAAUCUUUAGUGCAGACUGCCUAUCUCCUGAGUGACUGAUAUAACCACUGACUCAUUGAACAUAAAAAUACCUGUACAUAAUGCAGUUGCAGGAAGAGG